AUGAUGGCACGUCACGACCCCAAAGGUGGGGCAAACAGACUCGUGAGAGACCAGACCCUCCAGAAGCAGCAGAGGGCCCCAGUUGGGCCAAGGGCUCCCCUACCCGAUGAAGAAGAUCCCAAGAAGAAGUGCAAAAACUGCGGGGCCUUUGGCCACACGGACAGAGAUACCAAGUGCUUCAUGAAGCGCUGGAAAGAAGCUCUGAUUCCCCAGAACUUUGGGAAGAAGGAAGGGAAGGAAAACCUGAAACCACGGAAGUCCCAGGGUCAAGGGAACCCGGGGCCCUUGAACAAGGAAAAGGGAGAGAAGGCAGAGAGACCAAGGCUACAAGACCCGCAGAGGAAGGCUCUCCUCCCGAUCUUUUCCGGGAAACCUUUGGCGAAGCCGCUGCCAAAUCGAAAAGAAUCCAUGGAAUCUUGUGAUUAUCUGAGGGUUGCAACCAGGCCAAUGCCGGUCCCCACAAGCAAUAAGAGGCCACGCGUAGACCCUGCCCUCACUGAUGGCUCAGCUACCAAAAUGUCUGACACGGUAUCCGUCUUUGCUUCACUGACAGCUCCCUCGUUCCCCUCUCCUGAGAAGCCGGGAGCCUUCCUCGCUCACAGCCCUCACGUCACAGCGAAGUCUGAGGCUCCCUGUGUUCCUGUCCCCCUGAGUGGCCUCUAUGAGGACCUUCAGGUUUCCUCCUCCUCAGAGGACAGCGAUAAUGCCCUGGAGAGAGACUGCAAGCGGCAGGGGCCCCGUGGUUACCAGCUCCCGUAG